AUACUCGUAAUUUAUUGAAUAAAACUUUAUUUAAACAAUUAUUUAGUUUUCAAAGCUUCAAUUUGCUUAAAACAUUAGUUUUCAAGUAAUAUGAAAUUGAAAAAAUACAGUAAUAACGAUUCUGGAUCUAAGUUGUGACGGUUUGUGACUUAGGUUAUCGAAUCACGUAAUAAUAGAAUGACAUAUGUCACAGUUUCAUCUGAUUUCGUCUCAUAGCCCCUGUUGACCAUCACGACCUUAUUCACCUUGGUGCAAGUAGGCUGCAGAACCGUUGAAGAUGGCUUUCCAGAAUCCGAAUGUGGUGAAUGUGCUAUUCAAACUAAUAAACAGAAGGUCCUUCUCAACAAGCAAAGCAGCUUUGGCCCAGCAAAUGACUGUAAGGGAUGCCCUGAACACAGCAAUUGAUGAGGAGAUGGAAAAGGAUGAGCGUGUUUUUAUCAUUGGUGAAGAGGUUGCCCUCUUUGAUGGUGCUUAUAAGGUAACGAGAGGCUUGUGGAAGAAGUAUGGUGAUAAAAGGGUUAUUGACACUCCAAUCACAGAGAUGGGUUUUGCCGGUAUUGCAUCAGGGGCAGCAUUUGCUGGCCUGAGACCAGUCUGUGAAUUCAUGACUUUCAAUUUUGCCAUGCAAGCCAUAGACCAUAUCAUCAAUUCUGCAGCUAAAACUUUCUACAUGUCUGCUGGUAGAGUGAAUGUGCCAAUUGUGUUCAGAGGCCCGAAUGGGGCUGCUGCUGGUGUUGCAGCUCAGCACUCGCAGUGCUUUGGGGCCUGGUAUGCUCACUGUCCAGGUCUUAAAGUUCUGUCACCUUACAGCUCAGAAGAUGCCAAAGGCUUGCUGAAAGCAGCUAUCAGAGAUCCAGACCCAGUUGUAUUUUUAGAAAACGAAAUCCUUUAUGGUGUACAAUAUCCAAUGUCUGAUGAAGCCAUGUCGAAAGACUUUGUAUUGCCCAUUGGUAAAGCCAAAAUUGAAAGGCAAGGAAAGCACAUCACUAUUGUAGCGCAUUCGAGGGCCGUGGAGACGUCUUUAGAAGCAGCCAAAGAAUUGGCGGGCAAGGGAAUCGAGGCUGAAGUCAUAAACCUCAGAUCAUUGAGGCCGUUGGACAUGGAUACGAUAAUUGCUUCCGUGGUGAAAACUAAUCAUCUGAUAUCCGUGGAGCAGGGCUGGCCAACUUGCGGAAUUGGUUCCGAAAUAUUAGCAAGAAUAAUGGAAUCGGAGGCUUUCUACCACUUGGAUCAACCAGCAAUCAGAGUUACCGGUGUCGAUACUCCUAUGCCAUACACGAAGAGCUUGGAGAUUGCUGCUAUUCCUGUAGCGAACGACGUAACGAUGGCCGUUAAGAAAUUGCUCAAAGUCAAAUGAGACUUCGAAUGCAUUUGAUAAUGGAACCGCAGAUGCCUUGGACCUCAUAACGCUUGUAGUCUAAUCCUAUGUAUAUAAGAGUUUUUAAACAAUAGUAAUUUUUAAGAGGCCAAGUGAGUUUAUGGGACUUUGGAAUCUGCCGUAGAAUGCAUUUCUAAAAAAAAAAAAAUUUGAAAAAAU